CAGAAACGUGACUGUGAAUCGAGUAUCAAACAGAACCAAAAAUGUCGGAUAAAGAGCGAUUAGCGAUUUUCCCCUCUCGGAUGGCCCUUACUAUUAUGAAGGCCCGUCUGAAGGGAGCACAAAAGGGCCACAGUCUACUGAAGAAAAAAGCUGAUGCAUUGAGUUUGAGAUUCAGACAAAUACUUGGCAAAAUUAUUGAGACUAAAGUUUUGAUGGGUGAGGUUAUGAAAGAUGCAGCAUUCUCUCUUGCCGAGGCCAAGUUUGCGUGCGGUGAUUUUAAGUAAGUGGAAAGUUUCAACACUAAUCAUAAAUAUGAUUUAUAUAAAGACUUUAUAAUCUUUUAUACCACACAUGUCGUGAAAUAUAUUUUUUACAGCACAUCAUUUCCACCCACAGGUUACGAACUAACAGGUUUAUCCCGAGGAGGUCAACAAAUAGACAAACUAAAGAAAAACUACGCUAAAGCUAUUGAGUUACUCGUUGAACUAGCGUCUCUUCAAACGUCAUUCGUAACACUAGACGAGGUUAUUAAAAUCACCAAUAGACGUGUAAAUGCAAUUGAGCACGUGAUUAUACCUCGCAUUGAAAGCACUAUCUCAUACAUCAUCACAGAGUUGGAUGAGAAGGAAAGAGAGGAAUUCUACCGAUUGAAAAAGAUCCAGGAAAAGAAGAAAGUCAUAAAAGCUCAAGCUGAAAAAGAUAGACUUGAAAGGAAAAGGGAUGCAGAAAAUGAAGAAGAACUCGUCAAUAAUCUUCUAACAGAUGCAGAUGACGAGGAUCUGCUUUUCAAAUAGUCCUCAUUAAAUUGUCAUUCCUGUUUUGUCAUCAGUUGAAUUCAGAAUCAAAUAUAUUAAACCCAAUGAAUGUGAUAAUAUACAUGUUAAAAACUUAGAACUGGUCUCGAUAUUGCCAGGAUACAAAAAGGUCAGGGUUAAAAGUAAUCGUACUUGAUAUGGUUUGCAGAUGUGUAUGUAACUCAAUGGUGUGUAAAUUUCUUGAUGUAUUUUUUUUGUUAAGGCUUUUUUCCAAUUGAAAACUACCUUGUUCUCAAAAUCACAAAUCUUGUACAUGCAUGUAUGUUGUAUUCCAUCACCACAGGCACAUCAAAUACGAGUUGUGACUGUUGGAGUGCAUAUUCUUAUGCAAAUUCCCAGUCUUGUAAUGUUGCGUUGCGUUGCGUUGCGUUGCGUGAUGAUCUCUCCAGAUAUGAUGUAAAUAAACACUGAUUGGCUUUGGGUUAUCUCUAACCUUUUGGUUGAGAUGUUUCAUCUUUCUCUGGUAAUGGUAGUUUACAAUCAGCAGAUGUUCUCUCUUUAUAUUUUAUAUAUUCUAACCUAUUCUCACCUAAAAUUAAAUCUUGAUUAGAAUCAUCUAACUGUGGUGGAGCACUGAUUAUUUAUUUUAGUGAUUUAUAGACAACAAGGAGAUUUCAAUAAACUCUUAGUGUCAUUGUUAGGGAGGCCUUUAGAAUAAUAUUUUCAUCAUUUGACAUGUAUCAGCUAGUCGUGCAAUGUCAUUGAUUCAGCGAUACAGGGACUGACAGUUUUUUGGAACUCUUAUUGUGCAAUGUCAGAACUGUAUUUUAAUUUUUUUAAUUUUGUACCAUCCUGAUUUUAAACAAUCAUGUUUAAAGAAAUGAAUGUCAAUGUUGAAUAUGUUGGAAAUAAAACAAGACUUUUAAUUCCAUAUAAAACUCUACUGGUACAAAGAGUGUAGUAUAAAAUGACCAUCUAAAUGUAUGGAAUUAAAGUUGAUGAACUCGUAUAAAUAAAAAUUUUAAUUGACAAAUAU